AUGGAUAUUACUGCGAUACCUAGGGCGUGGCAGGCGCUCGGCCGAUACUGCUCGAAAACCCACUUCGGCAGUUUGGCCAUCCAUGGAAGGCUGCCGAACUCUGGAGCGAGUCUUCCACGGGCAGCUCGUCGCCAUGCCCGUUCCUCGACGGCCGUAUAUCGCAAGUUAUUUCAAUCGGAGAACGCGAAAGCUGCAGUUUCAGUGCAAAGACGCGGCUUCUCGUCGUCAGUAGCGCUACAAGAGGCGUGGAACGUCGAUCAGCCUCCGUUCGUCGGGGACGCCAAGGAUGCAACCUCCGAUACCGCGGUUCAUACGUCGUCUCCCGCAGAAGCCGCUAUUUUCGAAGAUUACCACUCCCACCGGCUGCUGAAGGAGUCGUUCGGAAGCAUCGUCAAAAUAUACUGCGAUUCAACGGACCCCAAUUAUGCCCAGCCGUGGCAGAUGCGAAGACAGCUAAAGAGCAUUGGUUCGGGUUUCAUAAUCGGUGGUCGUUUGGUGCUGACGAAUGCGCACUGUGUCUCAUGGCAGAACCGCUGUCUACUCCGAAAACAUGGAUCGACGGUGAAGUACCCGGGGCGCGUCGUGGCGAUUGGACACGAAUGUGACUUAGCUAUUCUGACGGUUGACGACGAUUCGUUUUGGUCAGGAGUGAGGCCGUUGGAGCUCGGGGAGGUGCCGAGCCUACACGAUGCGGUGACCGUAGUUGGAUACCCAACCGGUGGCGACAACCUCUGUAUAACAUCGGGAGUAGUGUCGAGGGUGGAUGUGACCACAUAUGCACACUCGAACUUCCGUUUGCUUUGUGCGCAGAUUGAUGCCGCUAUUAACGCCGGGAACUCUGGCGGUCCGGCCCUGAAGGAUGGCAAGGUGAUCGGCGUUGCCUUCCAAGCGUACGACGAGGCGCAGAACAUCGGGUACAUCAUCCCGACGUGCAUCAUAUUGCAAUUCCUCCGCCACAUAGAAUUGUAUCGUCGAUACACGGGAUUCGUCACCAUCGGUAUCACCUACCAGCUUCUGGAGAAUCCCGCGCUCAGGGCGUUCGUGGGUCUGGACUCCGUACGCCAAAGUGACCUUCCUGAGAACGUUACUCCUUCGGGAAUACUGGUAUGUCAGUGCGACAAGGUGGUAAACGAGGGCGACGGCCUGCGUACUCGUGACGUGAUCAUGGCAAUCAACGGCUACGAUGUGGCUGACGACGGCACUGUUAGUUUCCGCGAUGUAGAGCGGGUGCACCUGGCGUAUGCCCUUACCACGAAGUUUAGUGGCGAUCCAUGUGAACUGGUGGUGCUACGCGACGGAAAAGUGCUGACUCUGACCGUACGCCUCCAGAACCCGAACUACCUGGUAGCAGAGCACCAAUGGGAGAUAAUGCCGCGCUACUACAUAUUCGGAGGGCUGGUCUUUGUGCCUCUGACGAUGGAGUACCUGAAGGACGAGUUUGGCAAGAAGUUCUACGAACGCGCUCCUAGUUCUCUACUUCGCCCACUGAGUGAGCUUUUCGCCAAGGAGCGUGAAGAGGAAGUCGUGGUACUGAGCCAGAUUCUGGCGUCGGAUCUCACAGUAGGCUAUGACUUCCGCAAUAUCCGCCUAGAGCGGUUUAACGGCGAAGCUGUCCGUAACCUCCGCCACCUCGAAGAGCUCGUCUCCGCGGUGCCGGAAACAGAGCAGUUCGUGAGGUUCCACUUCGAGAACGAGGUGGUGCUGGUGCUCGACCGAGAGAGGGCGAUAAGUCUACAUCAGCAGAUCCUCGAGCAGCAUGCCAUCCCGUCGCACAGGUCAAGGGACCUUUAG